UUUGGUCAUUGAGAUCAUAUUAAGCGGUCAGUUUUGGACGCUUUUAUUUUAUUUUAAGUCAACUAAAACCUAUCCUGGUUUCACCUGUUAUUUCUUUGCGAGUUUCGAAUUUCUUAGAGUGGUAUGGAGAAAAAAAUGAAAUAAAGAAAUGGAUAUUAAAACAUACGAGAUUAAUUGAAGGACUAUGACUUGAGAAAUACAAUGAAGAAGUGCGUAGAGGUAUGAGGAUUUCAUUUCGAAAGUUGACGGAGAGGAUAAUCUUGCUCGUGUUCAGCACGUGCGUGGUUUGCCUCCUCCUGCAGAACAGUAUGUUACAGCAGUCAUACACGGGCUAUUUGAUAAUUCAUCAAACCAGUGGCGGUUCUUUUGCUGUGAGAUCGAGAAAAUAUUUAGAAUCAGACCAUGCAAUAACAAGAUCACAAGAUGAUGUUAAUAAACAUAAUGAUACUGGAAACAGCUUGACAACCACCGCUACCCCAUACCAUGACACUUUGCUGCAGUGGCGCCAAUAUCAGAAAGAGGCUCUGGCAGUGUUUAUAUUGAGCGCCAUUGGUUCAAAUUUUACGUCACAACGAGGCUAUAAAAGAGAAAUCAAAUUAAAUGGUUGGGAGGGAAUGAAACAUAGGAACAUGAAGAUUAAGUGCUGUGUAUUGUGGAAUUCAAAUAAAUUUACAUAUUUUUCGGCUCCAGAGAAAAUUUACUGGAAGAAAAGCAGACUUCCGGCUACACAAUUUACAUGUCCGAUUAGAGGGCCAUUAAUAGAUGUAAGAGGGGUAACGCUGGAAUUUAGUAAGAAAAAAUGUCCAAGAGACGAAUCUGUGUAUAUCAAACCAUUUCUACCCAAGGAACAACCGAAACACUCGUUUGCAAUUUGUGUUAAAAUAGUCUAUGGUAACAUUGAUAUGAAGCUACUAGUUGAUUGGAUGGAAUUCUACCGGGAAAUGAAGGUGGAUCAGGUGUUUAUGUUUACAUAUAAUCUGACAAACAAUAUAGAAACUGUGUUGCAACAUUAUAUAAAUACUGGUUUCCUAGACAGAAGGCAUUUUGAUUUUCCAUGGAAAAAAGAUGGACUUAUGAAACGAGAGGUAGGGGUGAAGUCGCCAAACGUUUGGCAGGAUGAGCAGGUUGUUGUGUUCGAUUGUUACCAGCGUCUCCAUGGUUAUACGUAUAUCGCCAUUGUUGACCUUGACGAGUUUCUGUUACCAAGGAGACACAAAGAUAUAAAAAGCAUGAUGGGAAAUUUAACUGAACAAUUUCCUAAAGCUGCCGGAUUUACAUUUAAAAGUUUUAUUUUCGCAAAAGACUGGAACAAAACAGUUACCACAAGUGGUUCUGAUAUUGUGCAGUAUUUACGAAGAACACCGGCGCUCUAUACGAGACAGAAAAAUGUCCAUAUACCUGGCCGGAUCCGACCAGACAGCAUCGACACACACGAGUUCGAGCCUUUAGAGGGUUACGAAAGAGUUACUGUAUCGGAGACUACGGCGGCCAUUAAUCAUUAUCGCACGUGCUACUCUGACUUCCAGAGACUGUGCAAAAACAAGAAGAAACGAAUUUUUGACAAAACGAUAUUAAAAGUGGUUGAAAAAAUUAACAAUAGAACGUUAUGGAUAAAUGAUUUUAAAAAGUAGCAUUUUAUACGCUAGGGAAGAUUUUCCGUACAACCUUGAGUCCUUACCUGUAUGAUAAGAUUUGGAAAGAAGUAGCGUCGUAAGACUGAAGAUAAUUUCACAACGCGGACGUCUGUCCAAGUUCCAGGUAGAUGGCAAUCGUAAGUAAUAAGGACACUAUAAAGUACACAGAACGUAACUGGGAUGUUAUAAAAGAAGGCAGAUAUGGUCAUCGUGGAAACGGCAAGAAAAAACCAACACUCCAUCCUGUUACUACAUCUUUUCUGGAAGGCUUCAAGAUCUGACGUAACUUUUCUCAAAGCUUCAUCAUUGUUUACACAUAGUACGAUUUGUUGCCCUAACUCUUAGUACUACAAAUGAAAUUCUGUUUUUUUCUCUCAGGUAUCAUAUUGUAUUCAGUAAGCUUCAGUCACUAUUAUAUUGUGACGAUUGCGACGGAUAUUUACCGGUCAAUAGUGCCACGUCAUUCAAGCGAUCAUUAGGUACCUUUCGAAGAUAUCUUGGGGCACUUUCGGCCGAUAGUUGCUGUGCUGAUCAGUGAUGUCACGCGAUGCUUGCAGGAAGUUCUUACAAAUGGUACUUGCAGUUGCUAAUUAUCAGCAAGCGCAGUCGCUAGUUAUCAAUCAAUGAUGUCAAAUGAUACUUGCAGUCGCUUGUUGCCGAUCAGUUAUGUAAAAUGAUUCUUGCAGUCGAUAAAUACCGAUCAGAAGUGUCAAAUGCUAUUUGCAGUCUAGUUAUCAAUCAGUUAUGUCAGUUGAUACUAACAAUCGCAAGUGACCAAUCAGUUAUGUUACAUGUUGCUAACAGUCGCUAGUUGCUGAUCAGUUAUUUCAAGUCACUAGUUACCGAUCAGUGAUGUCAAAUGAUACUUGCAGCCAAUUGAUACUUGCAGUCGCUAGUUACCGAUCAGUGAUGUCAAAUGAUUACUUUCAGCCAAUUGAUACUUGCAGUCGCUAAUAACCAAUCAAUGAUGUCAAAUGAUAAUUGCAGUCGCUAACUACCGAUCAGUGAAGUCAAAUGGUACUUGCAGUCGCUAACUAGCGAUCAGUGAUGUCAAAUGAUACUUGCAGCCGCUAACUACAGAUCAGUGAAGUCAACUUGCAGCCGCUAGUUGCCGAUCAGUGAUGUCACAUGAUACCUGCAGUCGCUAGUUGCCGAUCAGUGAAGUCAAAUGAUACUUGCAGUCGCAAACUACCGAUCAGUGAAGUCAAAUGAUACUUGCAGUCGCUAGUUGCCGAUCAGUGAUGUCAAAUGAUACAUGCAGUCGCUAACUACCGAUCAGUGAAGUCAAAUGAUACUUGCAGUCGCUAACUACCGAUCAGUGUAGUCAAAUGAUACUUGCAGUCGCUAGUUACCAAUCAGUGAUAUCAAACGAUACUUGCAAUCGCUAACUACCGAUCAGUGAAGUCAAAUGAUACUUGCAGUCGCUAACUACCGAUCAGUGAUGUCACGUGAUACUUGCAGUCGCUAGUUACCGAUCAGUGAAGUCAAAUGAUACUUGCAGCCGCUAGUUACCGAUCAGUGAUGUCAAAUGAUACUUGCAGCCGCUAGUUACCGAUCAGUGAAGUCAAAUGAUACUUGCAGUCGCUAACUACCAAUCAGUGUAGUCAAAUGAUACUUGCAGUCGCUAGUUACCGAUCAUCGAUGUCAGAUAAUACAUGCAUCCGCUAGUAACAGACCAUAAAGGCAGUCAGUACUUACCGACUUAUGAAAUCACAACGGAUAUUUACCAAUUAAAUCGCGAUUGGCUUUCACCGAUUUAUGAUGUCACGCGACAAUUAUGAUCUAUAUUUACCGAUGUCAUGUGACAAUUUCAAUCGGUAUUUACGAUUAGGGAUGUCACUUGAUGCUUUCGGUCGAUGACAUCUCUUGAUAUUUGCGAUUGAUAAUUUUAAACUAUUAGGUAACGUACAAGUUUCGUGAAUCUUACAACUUCUACUUACUGACCAGUUAGCUCUUAAACUUUUGUUACUGACUAUUGAUGUCAUUUCAACUCGUUGAAUCGGUGUUUUAAUAAAUCAAUGAUUUUGCUCAUUUUAUGAUGUACGUAAGGAAUAAUACAAUGAGAUAUAUGUUA